AUGGUUCAAGUCCAAAAGUAUUCACCUGGGCGUGUCGUAGAGAAGUUGAACAAUGCUGUGGUACUGAAUGUUGUCCUAAUAGUCGCUGUCGUGCUCCUCGCACUCCUUUGUUGUUGUUGUCUAUGCCCUAUGUUAUCGAAAGGAUUCAACACUGGCGGUGCUGGCGGACAACAACCCCCAGGAUCACCUUACGGAGGAUCACCUUACCCACAUGAUGUCUACUAUUAUCCAGAUCAAGCAUCGCCUGGUUACUAUCCUUACCCCCAGCCCUACGAAGGAUAUCCAGUACCGCAGUAUCCACCUGGUCCUUAUCCACCAUACGGCAAUAAUCCGCAAUACUAUCCACCUGAAGGCUACCCAUAUCCACCUUAUCCACCUGAAGGUUAUCCACCCCAAGGAAAUCCACAAGAAGGCUAUCCACCUCGACGUCAAUCAGCGGAAUCUCAAGAUUCUCAAGAUCAAUCUCGAUCCACUCCUUCCAAUCCUUCUGCAGACCACUCAAGAAGAAGAGAAAUUCCUAUAAAACCGAUUGAAAGGGACCGUCAGCAGUCGCAGUCACAGUCCCUUGCCUCUUCACGUCACCCGGAAGGAAGUGAUAGGCCUCCAGACAGAGUGAACCGAGCUGGAAAGGAGCAGAAAUCGAAGGAAAAGUAG